AUGGCAGCGCAGGCAUUUCGGUCGUUAGCGCGGCAGCGGCGCUCUGUGUACAAAUACCAAAGCAAGGCGAUUCCAAAUGACAUCCUGAAGGACAUCAUGCUAACAACACAGCGGGCGCCAAGCGGAUUCAACCUCCAACCGUAUGCCUGUGUGUUGGUGCAAGAUGCCGCCGACCGCAACACGCUGAGUGCCGCCAUGCUUGGCGACAAUGUGCGCAAGGUAAAGGAGGCUCCGCUUAUCGCCGUCUUUGCCUCGGAUCUCGAGCCCAGCAAGCGCGUGCCUGCAAUCCAAGAAAUGAUGCGCUCGGCAGGCCAAUCCACAGCGGACAUCCAGCAACUUCCUCUGAAACUCCGCUUCUUUGGCGGCGAAGGGCACUUGGCCGGCGCGAUCCGCAAUGGCCUCUCCACGGCGCUCACCCCAUUCCAACCCGUCCCGACGUACGUGCCAACCAUUGCAUGGUCAUACAAGUCCACCAUGCUCGCCGUGAGUCAGUACAUUUUGGCGGCCGAAUCCCACGGCAUCGGGUGCUGUGUCAUGGAAGGGUUCGAUGAGACGUGGGUGCGCCAUGCGCUGGACAUUCCGGACCGCUACUCCGUCCCGGUGGUCGUGGCUUCGGGGUACCCCAUCGAAGUCGAUCCGUCGCCGGCGCUGUCGCCGCGACUCGCGCCAUCGCAAGUGUUUUUUGGCGGGAAAUUUGGAGCCGCCGUGCUGGACCAAGAGUAAACGUGAAGUCUUCAUUACUAGUAUUUCACUGGGACAAGGGGGGACUCCCAGUGAAUUGCAUGUGACAUCGUAACUAACGUUAAGCCAAUAAUCACAGCUAACAGUUAUGCGGUAUA